AACGGAACCAAAAACUAUUGCUACUUGACACACUCAGCACACACAUACACACACUCUCUCUCUCGAAGUAGAAAGAAGAAAAAAAAGUAACAGACGCGAAACAAAACAAAAACAAAUCGUCUAAAAGAAUCAUAAUCUAACAAUCUCUCGCAUAUAAAAUAUAAAAACUCUGUCUUUCUCUCUUUCCUGUUCAGUUCUUGUUUUCCUCGGUUUUGCUUGCCCUAGAUCUUGAACGAUAGUUAACUCGGCAAACAGCCUUUUUCUUGUACUUCUGUUAGAUCUUUUAAUCGAUAGAUUGGGUUGGAAGAGAGAAAGUUCCCAAUUGGAAAGAUCUGUACGUUGAGCUUUACAUUCUCAGGUUUUCCUAAACUAUCAUUGAAGGUUUUUAUCUCGGCCAUUAAGUUUCUUAUAGAGGUGGAUGUUUAUGAUAGAGGCACAUGACCUCCAUGUUAUGUGCUUCUAAUAAAUGAAGGCAGCUCAGGCGUGGCGUCUAGGCAUGGGUGAUAUGCAGAUCUUGCCUGGGGCUCGCCACCGUCCUCCUCUGAAGAGGCCAAUAUGGAUUAUUGUCUUGGUUUCAAUGGUCAGCCUGUUUCUCGUCUGUGCUUAUAUCUAUCCGCCCCAAAGCAAUGCGGCUUGUUAUGUAUUUUCUUCCAGAGGUUGCAAGGUUCUUACUGAUUGGCUUCCACCUGCUCCAACAAGGGACUAUACAGAUCAAGAAAUCGCUUCUCAUAUUGUGGUUAAGGAGAUAUUGAAUACACCGCCAAUUCAAACAAAAAAUCCUAAAAUUGCUUUCAUGUUCUUGACUCCUGGUUCAUUACCUUUUGAGAAGCUGUGGGACAAGUUUUUCCACGGUCAUGAAGGCAGAUUCUCAGUCUACAUUCACGCAUCCAAAGAAAAACCAGUGCAUGUGAGCCGAUACUUUGUUAAUCGAGACAUACGCAGUCGCCAGGUGGUGUGGGGAAAAAUUUCAAUGGUUGAUGCAGAAAGGCGACUUUUGGCAAAUGCACUGAAAGAUCCUGACAACCAGCAUUUUGUGUUACUUUCUGAUAGUUGUGUGCCAUUACAUACCUUCGACUACAUCUACAACUAUCUGAUGUACACCAAUAUCAGCUAUGUUGAUUCCUUUUAUGAUCCUGGUCCGCAUGGGAAUGGUAGGUAUUCAGAGCAUAUGCUACCGGAAGUGGAGAUGAAAGACUUCAGAAAGGGUGCUCAGUGGUUUUCAGUGAAACGACAGCAUGCUGUGAUAAUUACAGCUGAUAGUCUUUACUACUCAAAAUUCCGUCAGUUCUGCAAGCCUGGUUUGGAAGGGAAGAAUUGUAUUGCUGAUGAACAUUAUUUGCCAACCUUUUUCAAUAUUGUUGAUCCUGGUGGUAUUGCAAAUUGGUCAAUAACACAUGUUGAUUGGUCUGAGAGGAAGUGGCAUCCUAAGUCUUAUAGGGCUCAGGAUGUUACUUUCGAGCUUCUGAAGAAUAUUACGUCAAUUGACUUGAGCAUACAUGUGACAAGUGAUGAAAAGAAGGAAGUGCUAAUACAGCCAUGCUUAUGGAAUGGUAUCCAACGGCCAUGUUACUUAUUCGCUAGGAAAUUCUAUCCAGAAGCUAUUGAUAACCUGCUGCAGCUAUUCUCCAAUUAUUCAACAAUUUGAGUGAGAUAAUUUUGACUCUAAAUUCUUUGAUUAAAUCAACAGUUCAUCCCCACCAUCACAUGUCAUCUUAGUUUCUCAUAUAUCCUAAAAGUUUGUAAAUGCUGCGUGCAAAUGCCCCCUGGCACUGUUCUCUUGUGCAUGGGCCGCUCGGAGGGGUCUUAGAGUGACUUAGCUGAGCUGAAGGCUAACAAUUCGGGGUGGAUAAUAUAUUGUCCAUUUUUCUCCCUUCCAUUUUGGGCUCUUGAUGGGUAUAGGAAAUUUUGGGGGGGUGCAUUUAAUGGCUGGAUCUUUUGUAAAAGUCGAAAAAUGUGAACUUGGAGAUACAAAACUUUGGCACCACUCCUUUGAAAGCUGUGUAAAUGGAAAAACAGAUUGAGGUUGUAUAUUAACUUAUUUGAGCAGUUGUUACUAAAUUUGGACAUUACUUUCUUUGUUCA